CGCAGCAGCGCGGGAGGCGGGGAGAGACAGCGAAGGGCGCAGGAGCAUCGUUCAGGAAGGCACGCCUCGGGCCAAAUGUCUGAGAGGGAGCCGAACCUUCUCCCGGACCCUUGCCGAGGGCGACGGUGAUGCUGCAGAACCCGCGGGAGCGACUCAGCGCCGCUGCUCGCCGCGCUCUAGGAGACCUCCGCGCCCGCCUUCUGCAGGGGAAGCGACCGCAGCUGUAGCUCGUGACUUGCUCCCAGGUCACUUCCCCCAAGAAAGAAAUCCUUGAAAAAGUUGCAUUGGAAAAAAAAUCUUUGCGCUGACCUUUGGGGCCGUGGGCGCCGAGGGAGCGUGCGUGCGAGUGCCAGCAAGAAAGCGAAAGGUGUGUGCAUGGGGGGCCGGCGGUGGGGGGACCCUCCGCUGCCCCUGCGCCUAGCGUUGUGCUGAGGCUCCCCUUCUCGCCCGCCGGGACCCGGGGCUGAGAUGAGCCCCUGCGGGCGGGCCCGGCGACACACGUCCCGAGGGGCCAUGGCCGUCCUGGCGUGGAAGUUCCCGCGGACCCGGCUGCCUGUGGGAGCCAGUGCUCUCUGCGUCGUGGUCCUCUGUUGGCUCUACAUCUUUCCCGUCUACCGGCUGCCUAACGAGAAGGAGAUCGUGCAGGGGGUGCUGCAACAGGGCACGGCGUGGAGGAGGAAUGAGACGGCGGCCAGAGUCUUCAGGAAACAGAUGGAAGACUGCUGCGACCCCGCCCAUCUCUUUGCUAUGACUAAAAUGAAUUCCCCCAUGGGGAAGAGCAUGUGGUACGAUGGGGAGUUUUUAUACUCAUUCACCAUUGACAAUUCAACUUAUUCCCUCUUUCCCCAGGCAACCCCAUUCCAGCUGCCCUUGAAGAAAUGCGCGGUGGUGGGAAAUGGUGGGAUUCUGAAGAAGAGUGGCUGUGGCCGUCAAAUAGAUGAAGCAAAUUUUGUCAUGCGAUGCAAUCUGCCUCCUUUGUCAAGUGAAUAUACUAAGGAUGUUGGGUCCAAAAGUCAUUUGGUGACGGCUAACCCCAGCAUAAUUCGGCAAAGGGGGGACACUCCUUCAGAAGCUACCUACCGUCAAAUGUUUCAUUGGUGGUCCUGAUGGUUUUUACACUCUGGGGCAAUGCAUCGUUGCAAUAUUUGGGGUAAUAGGAGGUAUGCUUUUCUUUCAUGAAGUGAGAAAGGGAAAAUUAUGAAAGUAGAGUUUGGAAAAUAUUUGGAAUAUAGUUUGGGUUGUCUGGAGCAUAUGUUUUAGGAAAGUGCAUAUGUGGAGGUUAAAGCUAUGGAAGUCCAUGGGGGGAAGAGGCAGAUUAAAAUGGGAGCUUCACAAGAAUAAGUUGCAAGAAUUCCCAGGUGGCUUAGCAGGUUAAGGAUUGGAUGUUGUCACUGGUAUGGCUCUGGUUACUGCUGUGGCGGGGGUUCAAUCCCUGGCCCUGGAGCUUCUGCAUGCUUCAGAACACAGUUGCAGAGGUGCUCAUUCAGCAAAUAUCUUUUUGAAAUCUUCUUUGGGCCAGGGAAUACAAACUUGAAGGAGACACAACUCACACUCUAAAAUGGCCCCAAGUCAGCAGACAGUCUUUGGUCUUGGGGUCUGUGGAGGAGCUAAACCUUCCUGCACCCCUUCUGAAGCUUAUGAAAUCUUUUUAUGUAUGUGCAUUAGGUAUUUGUAUCAGAUUUCUGAAGGCUUCCAUUACUCACAAUAGAUUUGAGUCACUGGCCUUGGCUGAGUCAUUCUACCGUAACAUGACAUAAAAGUAGAGAUGAGAUAUCUCAAAACUUGUUUCUCAGUUUUUCAAAAGAACUGAACACUCAGUCAUUUGGCCCAUAACAGGAGUUCAGUACAUAUUUGGGCAAAUCAUGGUUAAAAGAUAAAAACUGUAACUUAAUAGAUUGUCCUAUUAUGAAAUUAAGGAUUCAUUUUUGAGUUUCAAGGCUCUGGCCUGGGAAAUGAUUAUUAUUUGCAACCACUUGAAAAGAGCAGCAGUGUGCCGAGUGUGUGUUUCCAUGUAGGCAUAUUAGAGGCCCUGGUAUUGCUGUGAGCAGCUUGGGGUCAAGAACCUUUUAUCUGUGCCCUUAAGAUCUCAGCAUGUAGGACAUGCCCAAUAAAUGUUUAGGGAAUGAAUGAAUAAAUGAAUAAAUAUAUUUUAAAAUCUCUUUCAAAGUGAAUUUCUGGUUUAAUUGUCUCAUAAAAGGAAAUUUAAUGAAUUUUUGGUAUCAGUUAAAAUGUUUUUAUGCUCUUAAAUUAAGGAGAUGAAUUUUUUUAGUAACAGAUAUUUCGAAACACUAUUAAUGGAAGGCGUAGCUAGGAGAACUUGGUCCCUCUUUUUUUAAAAAGUUGACAUGAAUUAAGGAACCAAAAAGCUUUGAGAACAAACAGAGAAUAAAUCAUGGCGGAGUUAAGCUUUUAAAAUUCGUAAUGGCUCCCGGAUCGGGAGCUUGGGCUUAUCAGACACAACUUAGAAUAGAUUUAC